AUGUCCUUGCCAUCUUCCGUGGAUUGGAGAAAUGCAUGGUCUAGCAGCUUUCAUGAAGUCUACAACCCCAAGUCAGAGGAUGUUUUGGUCUGCAUUGAUGGCAACAUGUUGCGCAGCUUCUAUAGCCUUUGGCUAUUUGAAUAUGAAAGACUUCAGCGAACAUUCGGCAGUCACGCGAAUCAAGAUAUAUCCGGUAAAAAGACUCAAAUUUCCGACAUUAGUGUUUUGUCCCAGAUAUUCUGA